UGUCCUCAUCUUGUUUGUUGUUAACACAACGUUUCAGCUGAUAUACCCUCUAGUCUUCAUCAGGUGUCUUGGGGAAAUUUUGAAUCUGGAUUCUCAUUCCUAAGAAAACGAAAUAUGGCUGCCAUGCAGAUGACAAUAACAGCAACCGGUACACUUUUCCUUGUGAUUACUUUUAUUGUCAUUCUAAUAUCAUUAAACACAGAAGCGAAGGAACUUGGAAAUAAUUGUGAAAUUAAGAUUUCUCCCGACGUCAAUAUGAUUUUAUCUCGUUUAGUAAGAUCAGAUAAAAAGGUUUUCAAUUUUGAAGUCCAUUUAUCCGAUAAAAAGCUAGAUGACCUUCUGAAUCCUGUACGAAUGGAUUAUUUUGCGAACGCGAGACAAUUUACCUGGAUUCCAAACGAACCAGAUGGUUUGAUUGCGUAUAAGAAUUUCUAUUAUGAUUUUUCAAUGCGCUCUUUGAAUUUACUAGGAGCUUACAUUGCUACUCCAAGGAUUGAUAUCGAUAUAAAUUGUGGAAAACAAAAUAUUCAGAGACAUGAUUUAAUAUAUUUGAUUUUCGGCGAAUUGAAGAGAAUUGUAUUUAUCGAUACAUUGAAAAUAGGAGAAUCUGGUUACAUGUGUUUUCUAAUAAAUUUAUCUCAGGACAUGAAGAAGAACAGCCCUGAGUCAUUUAAAGCUUACAGAAGAUUGGGUAUAAAUCGAGAAUUAGCGGAGAACUAUUGCUGUAAACUCUAUAAAAAUGGAAGCAAUGUUUAUCACCCAAAAUCGAUUUGUUCUGGAAAUAUCAUGGAACAUAGUAUGUAUGUCAAUUAUGCAAAUAUCACCUUCUCAAAAGUAGCAUUUGGCUCUCGAUCACAAUGUGGACCAAAGAAAAGAUACAAAGAUACGCGCAAGACAACCUUGGAAAAGUAUAGCUUAGGGCAGUCGACUUGGAAACGUUUUGCCAAGAAUGGCCUAUUGUGUAAAAAUCCAAACAAACAAAUAAAAUAUGUUUAUUGGCACUUCACCAAAUUGGAGAAGACUUGCAACAGCAUAAAUCCUGACAACUUUCAUCAGUAG